AAUCGCCAAUUACUUCUUCCGUGCAAAUAACUAACAUUAACACUUCAUCAUCAACUUCUUUACCACAAGAAACAAAUAAUAUCACAACUAACAUGCCUUCAGCAAAUAAUGCAAUUGACACAUCUGCAACUGAUGAUAAAAUUAAUGCAUCGCAAAAAAUAAAUAUUAUGCCAACAUUGGAGCUACCACAAACCCCUUUAACACCUAUUUCUUCACAAUUUACUGCACCACAUUCAUCCACAACUACUCUUCCUUCUUUCCCACCGAUAGAAACAAAACCAUUUACUGAUAAAACUGUGAAAAAAUACAUAAUUACUAUACCAGACUUUCACCCUGAAACUUAUAAAUAUUUUCUUCGUUAUCUCUACACAAAUGAUAUUAAAUUUUAUUCAUCUCCGGCUUAUCAUCGUACACCUUGGGAUUUUUUUAAGAUAGCCGAUAAGUAUCUUGUAAAUGAAUUAAGAGAUUUGGCAAAAGCAAGGAUAUUAAGAGAAUUGACUCCAAAUAGUGCUGUAGAAAUGUUUUUUGGAAUCGAUUUGCUAUGGGAAGAUAUGAAAGAACUUUUACUCAACUAUUUAGUUAGAAAAUGGGAAUCAGUCCAA